AUGCAUCAUCAUCAUGCCUCUUCCGGCCCCGAGGCAUGGCUGUCCAGUCCAACCACCACGCCCUCCUCGCCCGCAAUAAAUCCUUUUCCGUCACCGACUCGAAGCUGCCGCCGCAAGGAGAAGCGUAACCCGUCAGUCACGCCAAGGAGGUUCGGUCGUUUCUUUACGCCACGCUCGGCUCUGCCCUUGGAGAACCGAACGACUCUCGGGCUCCUCAGUGCGUCCGCUACAAACAGACAACCCAUAUCCCCACAGUCCUUGGCCGACGACCCGCUCAGCUCGGAUCCGAUAUGCCCUUCGUCGCCUCUAGACGGCAUGGAAUACCUCGAUGGCUCUGGUGACAAGAGGAAGAGGUGUGAACGAACCCAGCCAGCCGUCAAGAGACGACGCGGGCUGGUCGUGGAUGAUAUGGCACCUCCGCCUCUGCGUUUGCCGACCGCAAGAAGCUUCCACAUGUCGCGGGAUGGCCAUGUGCAAAUGACGGAGACCCGCGUUGAACCGGAGCCGACAGAUGAUCUUGACGACAGGCGAAGAGCUACCUUGAGUCACUUCUUCAAAGCUAGCCGCAGUGGUGGUGGAGUUGGUUCGAAAGCACAGUCGUUUCCUGCGGCACCCAGUGUUCAACCAUCGGAGCUGAAAACAAACCUGACGUUGGAAGGCUACCAGCCAAGACCCAUCCGCAAGUUCCGAAACCGCGGCUUUGAGGCCCAGCUCCUAGACCGCGAGCACGGCUUCUCCGCUCACACUGGGAGGCGCCACCUCGCUUACCCGGCCGGCGAUGCCAGGAUGCACACCGCUUCGUUCUGCAGCCGAAGCCAUGACGUUCAUCAAUGCACCUCAUAUGACGGCCAGGGCAACACGAUCCCGUUCAGUCUCGCGAGCUGCCACGGCGCUCCAGUCACUGCCAUUGGUGACGAGCAAGGCUACGUGCGGCUCUUCAACACGGAGACAUCCGACAGUCGCGUAGAGUCCAAGGUUGAUGCCUACGUCAAGGUUCACGACAACGCCAUUAUGGACCUGGACUUUUCCCACGACGACCUGCGACUAGCGACUGCCUGCGGGGACCGAUGCGGCAAGGUUGUUGACGUCGUCACGCAGACUGUGGCUGUUGAGCUGGCCGGGGGUCACUGGGACUCUCUGCGGCAGGUUGCUUUCCAGCCCGGCAGCGCAAACGGCAACGCCCUGGCCACGUCGGACCGAGCCGGGCGGGUUCAGAUCUGGGACCUGCGCUGCUCUUCAAUGCCCACAAACUGCUUCUCCGCCGCCGCCGCCCUGUUCGGCAGGGGGAGCCGGAACACGAUGCUGGACCCCUUUGCGGGCAAAACCGUCAACACCAUGGACAACGCCCACGAACGCACGAUCCAAGGCAUCACGUCGUCGGCGUCGGUGACGGCCAUCAAGUGGCUGCCGGCCGGGCGGGAGCACCUGUUGCUGACCGCGUCGGAAGCCAACGCCAGCAUCAAGCUGUGGGACACGCGGUACGUCAAGCCGCGACGCCAAGCCGAGGAGACGCCCCUCGCGGUGACGCAGCAGCCGGCGUCGCACGCGUGGCGCUCGUACGGCAUCACGUCGCUCGCCCUCGGCACCGACGCCGCGCGCCUGUACGCGGUGUGCAAGGACAGCACCGUGUACGCCUACUCGACGGCGCACCUGAUGCUGGGCCGCGCCCCCGAGCUCGAGGACGGCGCGGCCAAGCGCAAGCCCGGCGGGGCCGAGGGCCUGGGGCCCCUGUACGGGCUCAAGCACGACAUGUUCCGCGCGUCGUCGUUUUACGUCAAGUGCUCCCUGCGGGCCAGCACCGGCGUCAACGACCACCAGCCGGAGCUCUUGGCCGUCGGCAGCACCGACUGCUGCGCGGUGCUCUUCCCCACCGACGAGCGCCGCAUGGGCUCCGCGUGGGCCAAGCAGGCGCACGAGCAGCAGCCGGUCGGCGGGCCUGGGCCUGGACCUGGGCCUGGGCCUGGGCCGUCGUCGCCCCUGGCCAUCUACCGGUCGGGCACGGCCCUGGUGCAAGGGCACAGCCGCGAGGUGACGACGCUGAGCUGGUCGUACGACGGCAAGCUCGUCACCGCCUCGGACGACUACAUUGUCCGGCAGUGGCAGUCGGACGGGGACACGGCUCGGCACCUGCGCCAGGUCGGCGACUUUGGGGGGGAGCGACACAUGGCCGGCUGGGCAGAAGCGGGCGGUGGUGACUGGGACGCGGACGACGACGAAUGA